AGUGAGAUCAGGCGCCGAGGCGCGCCAUGCAUUGCUGUGAAACGGCGCAUGUGGAAAGGUCCCGGAUGUACGCGGUGGCGCUGCGGACGUAGUGGCUGUAGGAUUCGACCGCCUGCGAGCGUUCCGGAGGCCCUGAGCGCGCAGCUUCGGCUUGCGUUUGGUCGAUUUUGCAGCGUUUGCAGCUCGAAGUUUGCCCCCAUUUUGAACCGCUCUUCACCCCGUGUUACCCGUGUCUGCUGUCGUUUAUGGCCAAUGAAGUACCAUGCCGAAUCGACGUCGACAACGCCACUGCUUCGCUCCGGCGUGCCAGACAGGCUAUCAAUGGCGGAAAGGUGAGGAGCCGUCGCUGUUCUCAGUACCCAAGGAGGAAGAAGAAAGAAAACUUUGGGAGCGGAACUUGCAUCGCAAGGAUAAGCUCCUCGACGAAACCUGUUCGGUGUGUGAGCUUCAUUUUGAGCCAUCGUUUAUAACGCGAGACUUCGUUCACGUUGUAAACGGAGAAGAGGUGCGCAUUCCGCGCGGAAAGCCGCAGCUCUUGCCUGGCGCUGUGCCGACGUUGCUGCCGAAUGCUCCGAGCUACCUGUCAAAGAAACCGUCGCAGCCGAGGCCCCCGAGAAAGCGGAAGAACGCCGAUGCUUCCUCAGUUGACGGUAAAAAAAAGCAAAACACUGCCUCUCCAACUGCCUGCAGCAGCACUGGCAGCACCACACCGGUUGCAACCGAUACCGGGGCGUUUGAUGAAGCUGAUGAAGCCUGUAUGCCCGAAGAAUACUCCAAGCUGUGUGUCCCCUCCGAGUACUGGAGCUGUCACCGAGUUCCGAGCCUCAGUGGUCUCGUGUAUUGUAAACUUAAAAUGUGUGACAAUGAAGUUUUAUCCGAGAGAGUAGUUAUUUUUUCACGAGACAGCAGGCCUGGAGUUGUAUACACUGUUCAUCUUUGUGGCCGCAUGGCUGAAGGAGGACGCGUCGUCAGCGGCGAGGAAGCGGAGGUUCUUCUCCGAGACGUCGACUCGUAUCGUCUC